AUGUUGUGUGUGCUUGUCGAGGAUAGAAUUGUUCACUGUUUGACAUGUCAUAUCUAUCUAUCUAUCUAUCUAUCUAUCUAUCUAUCUAUCUAUCUAUCUAUCUAUCUAUCUAUCUAUCUUAUCAUAUUUAUCUAUAUAUGCAUUUGUCUCACGUGUGUUUGUCUAUUUAUCUAUCUAUCUAUCUGUUUCCAUCGUAUCAUAUAUAUCUAUGUAGGUAGGUAUGUGUCUCGGGUUAUAUCUAUCUAUCUGCAUCACAUGUAUUGUCUCUCAUAUCUAUCUAUCUAUCUAUCUAUCUAUCUCAUAUCUUAUCAUAUUUAUCUAUAUAUUUAUAUAGUUUUGCAUGUAUGUAUUUCGGUUUGUCUCACGUGUGUCUAUCUAUCUAUCUGUCUAUCUAUCUAUAUAUCUAUAUAUCUAUCUAUCUGUUUGCAUCGUAUCAUAUGUAUGUAUGUAGGUAGGUAUGUGUUUCGGAUUAUCUAUCUAUCUAUCUAUCUAUCUGGAUCACAUUAUGCACUUUGGUUUGUCUCAUAUCUAUCUAUCUAUCUAUCUAUCUAUCUAUCUAUCUAUCUAUCUAUCAUGAUCUAUUUCACUGAUUGUAGCACUUUUUAUACGCAUCCGCCUGUUUGCAUCUAUCAUCUUCUCUCAUUCUGUUAUCUUACUCAAUGGUGUUCAUCAACGAAAUGGCUUUGA